GUAGGCAAACUUAUUGAACUAUAUAGUCAAAUACAACCACAGUUAUCUGCAGCAUACUGAACACAUUAUGAGAAGCGGUAGUUUGGAGCUUUUUGGACGAUACCUUUGUCGUCAAGUUGAAUCAUAAUUCUACACUUGGAUCAUUUGAUAAAUUUGUUUAAUGAUAGAUGGUGCAACUUUUCCUUCAUCGAACGCUGUAAACUUGUCUUAGACUCAGUCUACAACUCUUCCAAAUCAAGUGAAACUUCUUUCGAGAUAACGACAAAUUUUAAAUCCAAUUUCGCCAGAGAUAACAUCAGAAUUCAGCGUCACAAACAAACGAUAUAAUUUAAUUAUGGAUUACUUACAAGAAGUUUAGAUGACAUACGAAAGGUUAAGUCCGGUUUAAACUUGAACUAUAUAAUUGAACCGAGACAAGAUAUUCACAAUGCUUCUGUUGCGACGUCACUUCAAAGCAAUAACUAUCCUCCUCAUCACCCUCAUCAUCUGCCUAUCCGUUCUCCUCAUCAUUGACGGAAUCAAAGAUAAAGUUAAUGGCAGAGAAGUCCAAGGAUUUUCAUCGUCAAUCAGGAGGCUUCGACCCGUAGAUGUGUCUGGUGUUGUCAAGGAGGUCGCAUCCCGAAUCAACAUCGACAUCGCCAACCGCAACAAUGUUUCAUUCAACGAGGACGCAGUCUCUUCCAUUGGUGAUGAGAGUGACAGUGAUGAGUGGUUGGAUGAUGAUGAUGGAAUCGUGCUAUACCCUGAUGAUGACGAAGACGAUGUCGAGAAUGAUGCUAUUGAUGGUGAAGUCAUUGAUGAUCACAAUGAUGGUGAUGGUCAGGAUUCAGAGCAGAUACCUCAGAUGAAUAAACUGGAACAGUUGAAUAUUGACCCCGCCCUGCUAAAAACCAAGGAUAAAAUGAUCGCCAGACAGGAUCACUUACACAAGUCAUGUGAUCGUCUCGGCCUGCACAUACGCAAUCUUGACAACCCGAAGGAUAUGAGCGACAUCAUUGAUCACAGAGGAAACUUGGAUACACUCUUUUGGAAUGACAAGUACAAGUUUGUGACGUCUGUAAUUUUCAAGAGUGGUUCAGGUAACUGGAAGAAGUUCUUAAAAGAGCUUGCGGCCAAGCAAGGUAACACAAUCACAGACUUCCCACCCCAGCUGCAGAAAGCAAAGUACAAGCCGGAUAAACCGAUAUCCAUUCUAAAGAAAACACCCUUGGAGAUCAAAUACCGACUCAAACAUUACCUGAAGAUUGUAACGGUUAGGCACCCGCUUAUCCGCCUCCUCUCGGGGUAUCGCGAUAAAUUCAUCGAACACACGGAUAAAUUCCGCAAGGACAUCCCGAAGAUGAUUAUCGAUUCGCGUAAAGGAGACGCACGCAGGAAUGGACCAAAGCACGUUACCUUUCCAGAAUUCGCCGACUUCCUGACACGCAAUCCACAGAACUUGAAAAGCGGCGAUCCGCACUGGACGCCACAAUACAUCCGCAGCCGACCGUGUGAGCAAAAUUACGACGUCAUCGUUAAACUGGAAACGUCGGACGAGGAUAUUGAUUUUGUGAAGCGUGUCGUUGGUAUCGAUGAUAAAGUGUUGUUCAAGGAGGAAUAUACAGACCGGCAUACGGUGAGCAAUACUGAAUCGGUCGUUAUUUCACAUUUUCAACAGUUGAGCGAAGAUACAUUCCAAAAAGUUUGUGACUGUUACAGCUUGGAUUUCGAACUGUUUGGCUAUUAUCGGCCGAAAAGCGUAAAAGAUGUUGGUCAAAUAUUUGAAGACUUCUUUUGAUUCAUGCGAUUGACGAUACUGCCCAGUGUCCAUCGAUGGGGGAGGUUUCAUGGAGUGAUUUGUCAGGAUUUUCACGGAUGACUGUUAAAAGCUACUGAAAUCCCUGUAUCUGAUUGACUAAGAGCACAUUUAUCAGUGAAACUCACUGAUAUGAUGCUUGUGAAACCUUCCUGUGAAGAAUUCCUGUGGAUAAUGAAAGACUUUACAGUGGG